UGGCGUGGCAGCGCUGAGCAGAGCUGUGCGUUUCUGUGUGUCGGAAUCUGGAGGAAUCCCUUGGGAAGACAAGGCAAAGGAGGAAAGGCCUAUGGGGCAUUGAAGGUCCAGCAGGAGGAAUUGUUAGAUUCCCUCAACAAGGAAUUCAUGGAGAGCCCCAAAUACAGCACAGAUGAAGACCACGCUGAAAAACUAGAACUAUUUAAAAAGAAGUACAUGGAAUUUGAUCUCAAUGCACAAGGUGAUAUAGAUAUCAUGGCUCUGAAGCGGAUGUUGGAAAAGUUGGGUGCAGCCAAGACCCACCUAGAACUGAAAAAAAUGAUCACUGAAGUCACAGGAGGGAUGAGUGAAACCAUCAAUUACCGUGACUUUGUCGCUAUGAUGCUGGGAAAGCGAUCAGCUAUCCUUAAAAUAAUUCUGAUGUACGAAAAAAUGAAAGAGAAGGAAGAGCUUCCAACUGGGCCUGCUCCAAAGAAAACAGUGGCAGAUCUUCCUUAACCAUCCCCAAGAAUAGAAGAAAGAAGAAUUAUACAGUCUCACUCUCUUUCUCUCCUCUCUUUCUCUCCCUCCCUCCCUCCCUCUCUCUCUCUCUUUUUCAUGCACACACACAUAUACACAGAGUAUACAGGUAGUCCUUGACUUACAACAGUGACGACCGUUUAGUGACCGUUCGAAGAUACAAUGGCAUUGAAAAAAGUGUCUUUGUGAUCGUCUUUCACACUUACGACCGUUGCAGCAUCCCCCCCAUGGUCCCCCAAAAUUCACACUGACUCAUAGUUAUGAUGGUUGCAGUGUCAUGCGAUCUCCUUUUGCGACCUUCUGACAAGCAAAGUCAAGGGGGAAGGCAGGUUCACUUAACAACCAUGUUAACUAUCUUAACUGCAGCGAUUCGCUUAACAACAGUGGAAAGAAAGGUGGUAAAAACAGGGCAAAAUUCACUUCACAAAAUGUCUCGCUUAGCCACAGAAAUGUUGAGCUCAGUCGUGGUCAUUAAGUUAAGGACUACCUGUUCCAGCACAGGGGCUGGAGGAAGGAGGUAAAUGCAAUAAUUGCACAUUUUAAAAAUAAAUAAUGUCUCUAA